AUGGAAACUAAGAUUCAGAGUAUACGUCCAAUACAUCGUAUCAAAUUUUUCAUGUUUCUCUCGCUACAAAUCCCAUCAAGUAUUCUUUCGCUUCUCAUUUUCAUUUUCUUUUUAAAAAAUCCCAAUCAUCUACGAAAACUUCAAAAUCAAGCUCUAUUAGUUUUAUUUCUUAUCAACUUCAUUCAACUAUCAGUCAAUAUGCCAAUGGUUAUUCAUUUUCUUCGCUUCAGCCGAAUCAUUCCAUCUACAGGUUCGUACUGUAGGCUUUGGAUGUUUGCUGAGUCAACUCUGGAUGCUUCAAAUGCUAUCACAGUUGCUGUGAUGUCUAUUCAGCGACACACUUUGAUUUUCCACCCAACUAUACUUCGUGCGCUUACAAAACGAUGUGUCUAUUAUUAUUUUCCACUGCUACUCAGUACUGUUUAUCCCUUGACAUUCUACCUUGCGACAGUUGUAUUCUAUCCGUGUGAUCCAUCCCAAUGGAAUUUUACGCUGAAUAUGUGCGGUGACAGUACUUGUUACCUUUCCGAUAAUCCGAUUCUUGCAACAUUCGACUGGAUCGUAAAUACAGGGUUACCAAUCUUUACGAUCAUUCUGGCGAAUUUGGCAUUAAUGAUUCGAGUAGUUAAACAAAAAGCGCGUCGUCAGCAAGCUCUUCCAUGGGCAAAGCAGCGACGAAUGACAAUACAAUUAUUGAGCAUCGCUUCUCUUUAUUUGGCAACAUGGAUACCUAGCAUAACGACUGGUCUCAUGCAACAAAUAAAUGCGUCAGAAUACAUAUAUGAAUUCCAGGAAGAUUAUAUUUCAGAUUUGACAUAUUUCAUAUGUCUUCUUCUUCCAGCAAUGAGUCUUGGAUUGCUACCUGACUUUACCAAAUGGAUAUGGAAACAUUUUCGUCGAUUACAGCGUCCUACAAACGUAGUUGGAACUACUGUUCUAUAA